CUCUACAAUCUAAGUCAACGAUCCUGUCCGGCAGCGUACUGAGUGAAUCGAAAUGUUCACUGGGGCUACCAGAUUGGUAUAAAUUUCAUUAAAUAAUAACAAUGACUUCAACGUUUGGAAGCUGUACCCCAUAUCCCUACUUAUCUGCUAGGGUGCCGGGCUCUUUUGCCUAUACAACGGUCAAAGAUAGAAUGCCGGUGAUUCUCACAAAAGUGAUAGAUUUUCUAUGCCGCAAUAAACACAAAAUUCUGGAAAAUUCUAUAGCAGAGGCAGGGACAAUAGAAGAUCUGAAAUUGAUAAUAGGAAAACUGUCUCAGCUCAGAAGUGAAAUACAAACCAACAAAACCUUACGUCCACUAGAGAUAUCUUCAUCUCAUCUUACAGAUGGUGCAAAAUGGAAUAAUGAAUUAAUGGAGGGAAAAGACAAUAGUGCACCACAGUGGUUUAGCUCACCGUGGCUGCUAGUGGAGUGUUACAUGUACAGGGCUAUCUAUUGCAUUUUCGAAAACAGCACCUACCUGAAGAGACUUGAUCCCUUUAGUCAUAUGAAAGAAGAGUUAAUAAUUGUCCAAAAACAUGUCCUCUGGCAGCUUGCUGCCUACACAAAUGACAUAAGCCAAACAAUUACAAGUGCUUUAGAGUUGCAAGCCAACUUCAAGAAAUUAAUAGAGAUAAGUCUUUGGGCGAAUCGCAACGACUUAUCUCUUUCGGCCGGAAAUGCAGAGACGAAACCAGGCUCAUUUUUAGAUGAUAUUGAACAACUCAAUUCCCAUAUUCUAGUUAACAAUGCAGACGAACUUUGGCGUUAUGUGGAACAAGUUCAAAAAGAUUUUCAAAACAAAGAGCUAGGCAUUAUAAUGGACAACGCCGGAUUGGAAAUGGUUGCUGAUCUGUGCCUUGCAACUUAUUGCGUAUCUCACAGGCUCUUCGAUCGUGUUAUUUUCUACGUGAAAAAAAUUCCCUGGUUUGUUUCGGACACAACUUCCGGCGAUCUUAAAUGGGCACUUCAUUAUAUGGAAAAAGAUGUCCCAGAAAUGCAAUGUUUUGCAAGUAAAUGCAUUGGUUACUUUAAGUCCCAACAAUUUCUGCUGGUAGAGGAGGACUACUUCACAUUGCCACUGCCGUAUCAUGUUAUGAAUAAUGAAGAUCCCAACCUUUACAAUAAAUUAAGUCAGAGCCAGCUUCUUAUCUUUAAAGGUGAUCUGAACUAUAGAAAGCUAGGUGCGGAUAUCGACUGGCCGUCCACUACAACUUUCGAGAAAUUUUUGCAGGGCUUCAAACCUGCACCGCUUGUUGCAUUAAGGACAAUAAAAGCAGAAAUAAUUUGCGAUUUACCAUCAAACAAGGUGAGCGAAUUGGAAUUGUUGGACAGAGAUUGGAUGACUAAAGGAGAUUAUGGUUUAAUACAAUUCAUGAAAUAAUGUU